UCCUUUGUUUGCUCUUUGUUUUCACUGAUUGGGAGAUUCUUAACCUUAUAAUGUGCGACUCCAUGGUGCAGCAUUGCCCACUUGACUUGUUCAACACCAUUCAUCUAAUUAGCAUACCCCAGAAGAGAUGGCGCCGUGCUUUCUUUGCUAUCUGUUCUUCCCGCAUCUUAGUCUCUCUUGCCAAAGAUGCUAUUGCUAAGAAGAAGGAUAAGCUCUUUACUGCCUUCUCUCGCACACCAUCAUACACCGUCCUCGAAAUCGAAUCCAAUAUUAGUGAGGUAAGUUCACACUGCGACUUCAAUGCUGAUAAUGAGGCCCUCCUCAUCGAUAUCGUGAAGGAGAAGAACCCAGAUCGUCUGAAUCAACUUGGAGGAGUGGAAGCAGUUGCUGCUGCACUUCUAACUGAUGUGGAGAAUGGAAUCCAUGGUGAUGCUGAAGAUGUUGCAUCUCGUCGCAAUAAAUUUGGAUCAAAUACUUACCCAAAACCACCUCUAAAGAGUCUCUUCCAUUUCGUGUUGGAGGCUUUCAAGGACACCAUAAUUCUCAUUCUCUUGGGCUGUGCAAUUCUGUCUCUUGGGUUCGGCAUCAGAGAGAAUGGAUGGAAAGAUGGGUGGUACGAUGGUGGUAGUAUAUUUGUUGCUGUCUUUAUUGUUAUUACUGUCUCUGCCUUCAGUAACUACAGGCAAUCCAGACAAUUUGAGAAGCUCUCAAGCAUUAGCGACAACAUCCAAAUCGAUGUCGUUAGGAGUGGGCGGCGCAGCCAGAUUUCCAUGUUCGACAUUGUUGUGGGAGACAUUGUGUGUCUCAAAAUUGGCGAUCAGAUUCCUGCAGAUGGCCUCUUCUUAGAUGGUUAUUCCUUACAAAUUGACGAGUCUAGCAUGACAGGGGAGAGUGAUCAUGUUGAAGUGGAUGGCAGCAGAAACCCAUUCCUCAUCUCUGGUGCCAAGGUGGCUGACGGUUAUGGUCGCAUGCUGGUUACCUCGGUCGGCAUGAACACAUCAUGGGGUGAGAUGAUGAGCUCUAUAAACCGUGACUCUACUGAACGAACACCAUUACAAGAGCGGCUUGACAAAUUAACCUUGUCAAUAGGGAAGGUUGGUUUGGCAGUUGCAUUCCUCGUUCUUGUUGUGUUGUUGGUUCGUUAUUUCACGGGGAAUACAGAAGAUGACUAUGGUAAUCAAGAGUUCAAUGGCAGCAAGACGAAGAUCAAUGACAUAUUGAAUGCUGUUGUUCGUAUUAUUGCCGAUGCUGUUACCAUCGUAGUUGUGGCGAUUCCAGAAGGAUUGCCUCUGGCUGUCACACUCACUCUUGCUUAUUCCAUGAAAAGAAUGAUGGCUGAUCAAGCAAUGGUCAGAAAACUCAUGGCCUGUGAGACAAUGGGUUCGGCCACCACUAUCUGUACCGAUAAAACGGGUACUCUCACCAUGAAUCAAAUGAAGGUGACCGAGUUUUGGCUUGGUCAAGAUGCCAUAAAAGAUUAUGCAUCCCCAACAAUUUCUUCUAUUAUUCUUGACUUGCUCCACCAGGGAGCUGGUCUGAACUCCACUGGAGCCGUUUAUAAACCCCAUUCACAAGCAGUGCCCGAGUUCUCUGGUAGCCCAACUGAGAAAGCCAUCCUAUCUUGGUCUGUCUUAGAAUUGAAGAUGGACAUUGAGGCGCUGAAGAAGACUUGUACCGUUCUCCAGGUAGAAGCCUUCAAUUCAGAAAAGAAACGCAGCGGUCUAUUGAUGAAGAAGAAUGGUGAGAAAAUGAUCCAUAUACACUGGAAAGGAGCAGCUGAGAUGAUACUAGCAAUGUGUUCCAGCUACAAUGACAGAAAAGGAAGCUUGAAAUUCAUGGGUGAAAAUGAAAGGAAGAAAUUCGAAGAGAUAAUUGAAAGUAUGGCAGCUAACAGCCUCCGAUGCAUUGCUUUUGCUCACAAAGAGAUCAUUGAAGAAGAGUUGGAGUACAGAGAAGAUGGAAAGAUUCACGAAAAGCUAAGUGAGGGUUUAACCUUGUUAGGGUUAGUAGGUCUAAAGGAUCCAUGCCGACCAGGGGUAAGAAAGGCUGUGGAAGCUUGCAAAGAUGCUGGAGUGCACAUCAAAAUGAUCACUGGAGACAACAUUUUCACAGCGAGGGCAAUAGCCAUUGAAUGUGGGAUACUCGAUCCAAAUCAGGUCUCUGGUAAUGGAGAGGUUGUGGAGGGUGUGGAGUUUCGAAAUUACACACCAGAAGAAAGGAUGGAGAAGGUUGAUAGAAUCCAUGUGAUGGCAAGGUCGUCCCCAUUUGACAAGCUUUUGAUGGUACAAUGCUUGAAGCAGAAAGGCCAUGUGGUGGCGGUCACCGGUGAUGGAACAAAUGAUGCGCCGGCAUUGAAAGAGGCUGAUAUUGGACUUUCUAUGGGGAUUCAGGGAACUGAAGUUGCCAAGGAGAGUUCGGAUAUUGUUAUCUUGGAUGAUAACUUUGCUUCAGUGGCCACAGUUUUAAGGUGGGGGAGAUGUGUUUAUAACAACAUCCAAAAAUUUAUUCAAUUCCAACUCACUGUGAACGUUGCUGCUCUUGUGAUCAACUUUGUUGCAGCAAUUUCUGCUGGCAAAGUUCCACUAACAGCAGUUCAAUUGCUGUGGGUGAACCUGAUCAUGGACACAUUGGGGGCUUUGGCUCUUGCCACUGAGCGACCCACUGAGGAGCUAAUGGAGAAGCCACCAGUGGGUCGGACUGAGCCACUUAUAACCAAUGUAAUGUGGAGGAAUCUCAUGGCUCAAGCUCUGUAUCAGGUAUCUAUCCUCUUGACCCUACAGUUCAGAGGUGAGUCUAUCUUCUCCGUGGAUACGAAGGUUAAUGAUACCCUGAUCUUCAACACUUUUGUGCUAUGCCAAGUGUUCAAUGAGUUCAAUGCAAGGAAGCUGGAGAAGAAGAACGUCUUCAAGGGAUUACACAAGAACAAGUUAUUUCUAGGGAUAGUGGGGAUAACCAUCAUUCUUCAGGUAGUGAUGGUCGAAUUUCUGAAGAAGUUUGCAAACACAGAGAGGUUAAAUUGGAAGGAAUGGUGUGUGUGCAUUGGUCUUGCAGCCAUAUCUUGGCCAAUUGGGUGGAUUGUGAAAUGGAUACCAGUUCCAGAAAAACCAUUUCUAAGUUUUCUCAAGUGGGAGGGCUACAAAAGCAGAAAGAUUUAAUGCUUCUUCUUUUUCGUUUUUGUUUAA